AUGAAGUUAUCAGUGUCUUCACUCGUAUUUGCUCUUCUUUUCUCAUUUUUAUUGGAAACUUCAGCUUCUACUGAUGAAAACUUUAUUCAGUGCCUGACCCUUCAUUCCGGAAAUGGCAGUAUUUCUAAACUCAUUUACACCUCAUCCAACUCUUCGUAUUCAUCUAUCCUGAAAUCCUCCAUCAGAAACACCAGAUUCUCAACACCUUCCACCCCGAAACCUCAAGUCAUUGUGACACCAUUGUUGGUCUCACAAAUUCAAGAAACACUAAAUUGUUCCCAAAAACAUGGAUUGCAAGUAAGGGUUAGAAGUGGUGGACAUGAUUACGAGGGUCUUUCUUAUGCUUCUCCGGUACCAUUUGUCAUACUUGAUCUGAUAAAUUUUCGAAACAUUUCUGUUGAUGUAGAAAAUAGCUUUGCCUGGGUUCAAUCUGGUGCAACCCUGGGUGAAUUAUACUAUUGGAUUGCCAAUAAGAGUAGAACGCUUGGCUUUCCAGCUGGAGUUUGCCCAACAAUAGGUGUUGGUGGACACUUCAGUGGGGGAGGGUAUGGCACAUUGUUGCGCAAAUAUGGCCUUGCCGCUGAUAAUGUUAUUGAUGCACACUUGAUUGAUGUUAAGGGUAGAUUCCUUGACAGAAAAUCAAUGGGAGAAGAUCUAUUUUGGGCCAUUCGAGGAGGAGGAGGGGCUAGCUUUGGAGUCAUUGUUGAAUGGAAAAUCCAGCUGGUUCUUGUUCCCUCAAAUGUGACUGUGUUCACAGUCAAUAAGAACUUGGAACAAAAUGCAACAAAAAUUCUUCAUCGGUGGCAGUAUGUUGCAGACAAGUUUGAUACAGACCUCUUCAUUCGUGUAAUCUUAAGUGCUGUUAGUUCUAGCCAAAAAGGGAAUAGGACGGUACAAGCUUCGUUCAAUUCCUUGUACCUUGGAGGGAAGGAUAAGCUCCUUCCAUUGAUGCAAAAGAGCUUUCCUGAGCUGGGUUUGGUGAGUGAAGAUUGUACAGAAAUGAGCUGGAUUCAAUCUAUCCUCUACUUUGCUGGAUUCCCAAGUGGGCUAUCCCCAGAUAUUUUGCUAAACAGGGAUCCUUCAAUAACCCAUUUUAAAGCAAAAUCUGACUAUGUGAAGAAUCCCAUUCCUGAAGUUGGGUUGGAAGGGAUUUGGCAAAGACUAUUGGAAAAAGAGGCAGCGGCAGCGUUACUGAUCCUCAGUCCAUAUGGAGGAAGAAUGGAUGAAAUUUCAGAGUCUUCAAUUCCUUUCCCACAUAGAGCUGGCAACAUCUACAAAAUCCAACACUUGGUGUAUUGGACAGAAAAAGGGACUGCAGCAUCUGAACAAUAUAUGAGUUGGAUAAGAAGGCUUUACGAUUACAUGGCGCCCUACGUUUCUAAGUCUCCAAGAGAAGCAUAUAUUAAUUAUAGAGACCUUGACAUAGGAACAAAUAACAUAAGCAACACAAGUUAUAGCCAGGCAAGCAUAUGGGGUACUAAAUAUUUUAAGAACAACUUCGAAAGGCUGGUGCAAGUGAAGACUGUGGUAGAUCCCGCUAAUUUCUUUAGGAAUGAACAAAGCAUCCCACCUGUUUCAUACUAG